GAACGUACAAUACGGUACAGUGAGUGAAUGCAAACGAUUAAUCUACAGAAGAAAGUGGGUGGGAAAAGUUAGUCUAUGAAAGUGUUGCGCACACUCAGUGCCACAGAUCCAACCGAGUCCACAUUUGAAGCACUAGCACCGAUCGCUACUUGCGAUUGUAAUAACAAUAAAAAAUCGCAUUUAAAAUAAAUAAUUAGGCGAUCACUUCCAAUUGGUAGCCAAUAGCAGCAGCAACGGCAAAAGAUUGCACCAAAUCAGCAGCGAUGCUUGUAAUGUAAUCGCUCUAAGCCAACGGGCCGCAAUGGAAAAGUAAAUAGCUACGAAUCCAACACGCUCUAAAUAGCCAGCGCAUGCGAGGAAAAAACAAAAGCGUGGCAAUCGGACGUGUGUGUGCAGAUCGGUUGCAAAGGAAAAUACUAAAUGAUUUGUACGGCUCUGGCAGACUUGGCAAGUGGGUCCAGCAGUCAAUUGCAACGCCACACUAAUUGUGGCAAGGUAAAGUGUAUAAAUUUGAUUGGCACACAGGCGGCGCUGAUCAGUUGCAUUUCGUUGAAAGUUUGGAGAGGCUGCUAGAACUGGAUAUUCUUUGCUACAUUUUAAACACGCUGUUCAUGAGUAUAUAGGGAAAGAGAUAAGCGGAUAGUUCGACGUUCUCCUUUCACUGCAACGGCGCGGCAAGGAUAUGUGGUAGAAGCCGCCACCGCUACACGCCAGUAAUAAGUGGAUAAAUUUGUUCUCCUGAAGCCGAACCUCAUAGCCAUGGACGUGAAUUUCAGGCUAGGGAUCGCAUUAAUACUGAUCGCACUGUGUCAGGAAGCUACCUUGUUGGAAUUGCCCGCUCAGAACAGUAACGGCAACAGCAGUCCCCACAAAGCCGCUCGAAGCACACUGCUCGAUAAUGGACUUACACGUACAUUAAAGCAUAUUUACGGUAUUUGUGGUGAUCGAGAUGAUCUCUUUUGGUGCUUCAAGGUGCAGGCAGCACGUAUGUUGGGUCGCGCGUUGAAAGUGCACAACAUAAAUAUCUUGGAGGGAGUCACCAUUGUCAAGAAGGUGGAAAAUGAGACACGGACUGGCCGUGCGAGCGCAAAUGCCGAUUUAAUUCUGAAUAAUCGCGAUUUGGAUAAUUUGUCGAUGAAAAGCUUGGAUGCGCUGUUACUGGAACGUUUUUUGCGCUUUGUUGACAGUCGACAGCUGCAGGUGAAUUUACCGCGCCUACUUAAUUUCGGACAGCAUAAUGGGCAAGAUUUCUUUGGUACGGCAAUGGGCUACUUCCAAAAAUUUGCUUUGGGUGACGUGGAAGCUGACAAUGCUGUCGAUGAGGGACGUAAAAAAAAGGGCGACGAUAAGAAGUAUUUGGGUCCAUUUAUUGCGGCUGUAAUGCUAAAGACGGCCAUACUUAAGAUGGCCUACCACUCUAUUGCAAUUAUCGCAGGCAAGGCACUGAUCGUGGGAAAAAUUGCGCUCAUAAUCAGCGCCAUAAUUGGACUCAAGAAGUUGGUGUCGGCGGAGGGUGGUGAAAAAACCACUUACGAAAUAGUGAAGCAUCCGCAAGUACAGCACAGCCAAACCUAUUCAUCAAGUCAUGCGGGCGAGUACGAAGCUGGGCAUGAAAGUGGCUCUUACCAUCGCAGCAUCGAUGACGAGAUGAUGAUGCAGGAUAAGGCUUACAACGCUUGGGUGCCGUCGCGUGUGCAUUCAUAAGAACGCUAAAUUAUAUCAAUGUAUACAGUGCGGUUAUAUAUUGGAGUAUACAUCGAAGCGGCGUUGUUGAAGAGAGUCGUCGCUGUCGCAGUUAAGCGAUCUUACGUCAAACCAAAGCUGAUCACCAAAAAGUAGGAAAUAUAUGGAAUAUUGAAAAUGACAAUUGAAACUUAGGUAAAUUAUUCACGUUUAGUAAGGCACACUGGUGUUAUUUACAUUUUUAUUUAUAUACAUAUAUGUAUUUAUAUCAUUGUUAAACCUAAUGCUUAAUAUAUCUAGUUGUGUUGUAUGUAUUUGUAGCCAAGUAAGUUCUAGUCUGUAAGCUUAUCGACGUAAUAAAGAAAACAUUCGCUUCCCAUU